CCCAGCAGCAACGGGUGAGCGGGAUUCCUUGCGUUUUGUCUAGGUUGGCAUGGCUGUUGUUCAGUGAGGUUAAUGGUGUUCACGCGCAGAACAGCAAAUGCGAGUGAGGCUAACGUAAACAUUGAUACGGCAUCUGAACAAAGAGAGGGUCAGAGACGGCAGGAACUACAACGCAUCGGAGAGACCGAGUCUGAGACGUCGGAUACUGAAAUGGAUAGUGAGACGCAAGGCGCUUCGCAGGCUCCGAGCACGACAGAUCCAGAGGCCAUGGCGGUGAGACGCCUGGAGCUGGAGCUGGAAAAGGUGCGCCUACAGCUAGAGUGCGAGCGCAUUGCUCUACGGAGAGUGGAGCUCGAGCAGUCGAGCAGGCCGCCUUCGGUGUCGGAAGGAAGCGAUCGGCGCGGUGCCAUCACGGAUGGAAUAGCACAAUGUGCUAAAGUGCUUAAGGCAUACCGGUUGCCGUGUGACGCUGACGUUCCGAUAUGGUUUGAUGAGGUCGAAAAGUUGUUUACAUCUUUUCAAGUACCGGCACACAGCCGGGUACAUUUGAUCAUGCCGGCGCUGGCCGAGCGGGUUCGUUAUCUGUUGCGUGGCCUCAAUGACGAGGAAUGUACAGAUUAUGAGACUGUAAAGAAGGCAGUAUUAGAUGAACUUAAGCUCACGCCAGCUAAAUACUUGGAGAGGUUUGAAAAGGCAUCUAAACGAAAGGAGGAAACUUGGGCUCAGUUCGCGUCCCGCGCUAGAACCUAUUUGGCCUAUUACCUUCAGUCUCGCACUGCAAACACCAAAGAAGCUAUGACGGAGCUUAUGGUCGCUGACCGUAUGAAAGCUAGUCUAAGCUCAGAAGCCCUAGAAUAUGUUCUUUUGCGGGAAGGCGAAGAUUGGUUUAAGCCAGUGGAGGUGGCGAAAGUGCUCGAGACUUUCGAGCAAGCUAAAGGGAAAGGACGAGCAACUAAGCUAGCCUCAACAGCCUCAUUGCCGCAGCACGCAAAACUAGCUGGCCCGCAGAGGACAAAUUUAAGAUGCCACGUGUGUCAUAUACAGGGUCACCUAGCCAGAGACUGCCCAAAAGCUUCAGAUAAAGAACCGCAGGGGAAGCCACCGACUGUGCAAAAACAAAGGGUACAGAAGGUUGCUGUUGUAAGUGAAGAACCUCCACCAGAGCAAGAAAGGGUGCUAAGCGCUAGAGUACAUGUCGUAGCUCAAAAUGCUAGCUCGGGGAGGUCGAAGCUGGACCUAAUCCCUAUCAUGUGCGGGGAUAUAGCAACGGAAGCUGUGUUGGACACAGGUAGUGAGAUAACGGUAGUCCGUAAAAGUAUGUUGCCCAUCGAUUUACAGGAGCCAUCACGAACAGUAAGACUUGAGUCGGCAUUCGGAAACACCAUUCGAGCUAAGCUAGCUACGCUGCCCGUAGGCAUGCAUCGCCCGGGGGCUGUGAUACAACCGCAGAGGAUCGAUCUGGUGUGCGCGGUUACCGACGAACUUGCAAACGGGGUUGACUGCCUGCUGUCAAAGGAAGAUUGGGAACUACUACGGGCGCAGGAAAAAGAGGAGUUUGGAGAGGAAAAUAUUCCGCGGGCAGGGGUCCGAUCAGUCGAAAUGGUCGAUAACACUGAGCCGGACUGCGGUCUAAGUUGCGAAGAAACGACAGAUGAAAUCCCUAAAUUGCAAGGGAAUAGUUUGAUGCAGGAUGUCAAUGGGGUGCCCAGUCAGCGGGAGCUAGAACUAACCGAGAGUGUAGCUGAGUUGACAGGCACCGAGUGCCAGAGCAAAUAUGCUCUAGUUUACGAUAGGAGGGCACGGACAAAAGAAUUUAAUGUCGGGGACCAAGUACUCCUCUUUGACACAGGUUGGGCACUCAAGAAAUUUGACUACUGGCUUUUCGGAGCAGUGGUGAAUGUUGUCUCUGAUCAUAACCCAUUGUCAUAUUUGACAACCAGCACCCCCCAGGGGGCCAAGUUAGCAAGAUGGGCGCUUUCACUACAGCGCUACAAUGUAACGGUGCGUCACCGGAAAGGAACAUGUAACGCCAAUGCUGAUGCAUUGUCAAGGCUCUCGAAUCGUUCGUGGGAGCCAAUCGAGUAAAGAGCAGGAAAGAAAGGAUAGACAGAAACAGCCAUGCCAGCUGGGACAGGCGUGAAUGUUCCCGUUCACCCGAAGGAUGUGUGCGUGGGACAGUUCAGCCUUGGUGGAACUUUCUGUGGCUGUUGUCGUCUAUGUGUGUGAGGGUUAUAAGACUAUGGACAUACUAUGUAUAUAACCUGCAUAUGUUACUUUACUGCUGUUGUGCCGUGCAGUGCGUUGGAGUGUUCCUGUACAUACAUGAGUGUUUCUUUUGCAUGCUCACUGUCAUGAAUGUGUUGAGCUUUCGCCUUUUUUUUUUUGUCUCUGAGAGAAAAUUGUUUUUUUUCUGUGGUCCUUUCAGUUAAUUUCCCUGUUCCUUACGGACUCCGCAGCACCCGUGUUGGGCAGCGUAUGUCGAUUUUCUUUGACGACGGAACCUUCAGAGCCUAAAUCUUAUGAUACAGCGCCCUUUGGCUCUUGUAGUAUAGCUGGGAACAUCGUAAGCCCAGUAUACUCUUUAGGAGGGACGUGUAAGGUCGCUCUGAUUGUUCGGCUUCUUAAGUCUCACGAAUCGGCCUCGUGCUUUGUGUAUAGAGAGGGGGUUCACUUCCCCCCAUGUCAGCGGGGCGACAGUUGCUGUGUUAUGCGGGGUCACAGGCAACGCGCGGGGUUUGGUGACGCAUCGCGGCAGGUGCCAGGCGGGCGUGUGCCGAUUGCUGGAAGUCAGUAUUGUGCGCACGAUGUUCGCAGUCCGCCGACGGGUCACACAGACCAGCCUUAAAACGAACCGCUGUACAAAAGGUAUUGUGAGCCUGGCGCCCGAGUCCCUGACUAAUUGGAGGCGCCGCCGAGGUUAAGAAGGACUUAGCAACUCUGACUCCGUGCUGCAUGCAGUGAGCAUGGACCUAAUCCUCUACGCCUCCGGAAGGUAAUCGCCAGCAUUGUUGUUGGGUGCGACUGCCUGCGUGGUGUCUAAGACCAGCUUACCGUACACGCUGUAGGAAUGCGGUGCGCACGUAAAGAGUGCAUUCGCACGACGGCGUCUUGGAAACACGCACUCAAAGAACUUUGUCUUGUAGACAAUAAAUUUGAAGGACAAGGAGGGUCAUCCGUCUCCCAGACGGCCAAACUUUGAGUACAGCGGCACUUCGUGGUGCCGGUGCCCCUGCUUCCGAGACAGGUGCAGCCUAGACGCCGUUGGCAUUUGAAACGGUCUAGCGAUAACUUGUUCGGGCCUGGCGUGUUUUGCUGAGCCGGUCACUCACUACGGAGAAAUGAGAGGGCAACGGAGUUUUGGCGAAGAAGGAAAAGAGCUUUGUUUUCCAAUAUGUUUAUUUUUAAGAGUAAGCCCAUCCCUGUGGGUGGUGGCUUAACAAACGGUUGACUCUGAUUGGCAACUGAACCUGUGGGACGGGCCAACGGCCCUACCGCCUUUUUUUCUUUGUAUAUUUGGGCUAUAAAAAUCGGGACGACAUGCUGUCCCUCAGACUUGGCUGAAAUCAGUAUUACUGAUAGAUCAGUGAGGCUCCGUACCAUGUACGUUAGACUUGGCUGAGAUCAGGAUUGCUGAUAGACCAGUGAGCCUCCGUACUAUGUACGUUAAAACGAGUCUGGGCUCUAACAGUCAUUGAGACAGUCGAAGAGUGAGACCUUGUUUCUCAGUUGUUCACUUUUGUAAUGUAUUUGUUUUACCUGCCAUGUAUAUAGAAAAGUUCACGUAUAAAUAUUUCUUGUACAUCUGACCUCAUCGUUUCCUGCCUGCGUUUGACCAACAACUGCCGAUCAUCGUCCGAUAAGCUUCAA